AUGGAUGUUAACGUUUCUGAUGUUGAUGGAAAUUUACCGGUUCAUAUAUCAGCUCAAUUUGGAUGCCUUGAGAUAUUAAAAUAUCUUAAAGAAAAAGGUGCAAAUAUAAGCAUUUCCGAUAAACAAAAAUAUACACUUGUUCAUAAAGCUGCUCAAUCUGGUGAUUUGAAUGUCCUACAAUAUUUAGUAGAAGAUUGUAAACUGGAUGUUAACGUUUCUGAUAUUGAUGGGAACUUACCGGUUCAUAUGAUAGAUAUGAGACAGAAUAAUAUCAAGAUUUUAAAGUAUCUUAAAGAGAAAGGGGCAAAUCUAAGUAUUUCCAACAAGAAAAAACGUACACUUCUUCGUAAAGCUGCUCAAUAUGGUAAAUUGGAAGUCCUAGAAUAUCUAGUAGAAUACUGUAAAAUGGAUGUUAACGUUUCUGAUGUUGAUGGGAACUUACCGAUUCAUAUGAUAGAUAUGAGAUAUAGUAAUGUUAAGAUUUUAAAGUAUCUCAAAGCAAAUGGGGCAAGUAUAAGCAUUUCCAAUAAGAAAAAACGUACAUUUGUUCAUAAAGCUGCUCGAUGUGGUAAUUUGAAAGUCUUACAAUAUCUAAUAGAAGAUUGUAAAAUGGAUGUUAACGUUUCUGAUGUUGAUGGAAAUUUACCGACUCAUAUGGCAGCUGAAUUUAAUGAGGCUGAGAUUAUGAAGUAUCUUAAAGAAAAAGGGGCAAAUCUAAGCAUUUCCAACAAUCAAAAACAUACACUUGUUCAUAAAGCUGCUCGAUAUGGUAAUUUGGAAGUCCUACAAUAUCUAGUAGAAGAUUGUAAGAUGGAUGUUAACGUUUCUGAUGUUCAUGGAAAUUUACCGGCUCAUAUGGCAGCUGAAUUUAGUGAGGCUGAGAGUUUAAAGUAUCUUAAAGAAAAAGGGGCAAAUCUAAGCAUUUCAAAUAAUCAAAAACAUACAUUUGUUCAUAAAGCUGCUCAAUCUUGUGAUUUGGAAGUCCUGCAAUAUCUAGUGGAAGACUCAUUUCGGUACAUCCCCAACAAGACAAGACAUGCACUUAUUCAUAAAGCUGCUCAAUCUGGUAAAUUCGAAUUCCUACAAUAUUUAGAAGAGCACUGUAAAAUGUAUGUUAACGUUUUUGAUGAUAACGGGAAUUUACCGGUUCAUGUGAUAAAUUUUAAUGUUGAGAUUUUAAAGUAUCUUAAGGAUAAAGGGGCAAAUCUAAGCAUUUCCAACAAUCAUAAACAUACACUUAUUCAUAAAGCUGCUCAAUCUGGUGAUUUGGAAGUCCUACAAUAUUUAGUAGAAGACUGUAAAAUGGAUGUUAACGUUUCUGAUGUUGAUGGGAAUUUACCGGCUCAUUUCGCAGCUAAAAGUAAUAAAGUUGAGAUUUUAAGAUAUCUUAAAUCAAUUGGAAGUGAUUUAAAUCAAUGUAACCAUCAAGGAGCGACUUUAGUGGACAUGGCAGCUGCGGCUGGUGCAGUUAAUGUUCUAAAUUUUCUUAAAGAUGAAUGUAAAUUAUCUGUAAAUUUAGACUCACGUGCUAAUCACAAAUAG